CACCAAACUAACACCCUCGGCUCAUCCGCAGCUCCAAGGGAAGUGCUUAGCCGCCCUCCCACCAUGUCGACGUCGACUUGUUUUAUAGCUUUAAUGCACUCCAAACCUCCCUCAUACCGCCAAUUCCACGCUCAUCCAAGCUAGCAGAAGGAUUGAGAAUCAUGGGCCAUCAACCGCCACCACUCAGCGGCAUCCGCGUCUUGGAGUUCGCGGGCUUAGCUCCAGGACCCUUCGCAGGCAUGCUCCUCGCCGAUUACGGCGCCACCGUCCUCCGCCUCGACCGCGCCCCUGCACAACCCACCUCGGACCAACUCACGCGUCGCAAAACAUCCAUAUGCGUGAACCUCAAAUCCCCCAGCGCGAUUGCCCUCAUCAAGAAGAUAAUCCCCUCCGUCGACGUAGUAAUCGAUCCCUUCCGGCCCGGCGUGCUAGAGAAGCUCGGUCUCUCUCCCGAAGACGUCCUCCUAAAGCUCAACCCGCGGUUAAUCGUAGGUCGGAUGACAGGCUUUCGAAGAGACGGGAAAUACAGCAUGAUGGCAGGCCACGACAUAAACUACAUUGCGGUAAGCGGUGUGCUGAGUUUAUUUGGACGGAAGGGGGAGAAGCCGUAUCCGCCCGGGAAUGUGGUGGGGGAUUUUGCGGGCGGAGGCGCGAUGUGCUUCCUGGGUAUUCUGCUCGCGCUUCUUGCUCGGGAAAGAUCAGGCUUUGGACAAAUCGUAGAGGCGAACAUGGUGGACGGGAGUGCGAUUUUGGCGACAAUGCCGCGCAUGGGGCUGAAGACGCAGGUUUGGAGUGGGGAGAGGGGGACGAAUAUGCUAGAUGGUGGGGCGCCGUACUAUGGAACAUAUGAGACGAAGGAUGGCAAGUAUAUGGCUGUCGGCGCAAUCGAACCCCAAUUCUACGCCGCGCUCCUCAAAGGCUUCAACCUCAAACCCUCCGACCUCCCCGGCGACCGCGACAACCAAGCCGAUUGGCCCAAACUGACCGAUUUCUUCACCCAGAAAUUCAAGACGAAAACACGGUCAGAGUGGGAAGCGAUAUUUGACGGCACAGACGCGUGCUGUACGCCGGUGCUGACCAACGCCGAGCUGGAGGCUGCGGGUUUCGAUCAACGGCCCGCUGUUACACUGAAGUCCACACCUGGAUAUGCGGUGCACGAAGGCGAAGCGGAUAGAGCGGCGGCUGUAGGGCAGGGGAUUGGGAUGGAGGGUAGUGGGUGGAGUGAGAAGGGUUUGGAGCCUGGGGAUGGUGGUGAGGAGACGCUUGGACGGUGGAUGGGCUGGAGGAAGGGAAGGCAUUAUGAUGUUGAGAAUGAGGGACUCGUGUUAAAAGAUAAAGCGAAGCUGUAGCGUGUGAUCAGCAGUGGAAGACUAUCUGCCAUUCCCCCUUAGCGUUCAACAGUGCAACCUACACCCUUCGAAUGACAAUGCCGCAAUGUGUUGAUCCUGUAUGCACGAAGGCUUAUUCC